CCAUUGGCGCCCAUCGCUGCCCGUCAGAGCGCCCCCCCCCCCCACUUCGACAUUCCAUUUCCUGCCGCUCGGCGGAGCCCCCGAGGAAGUGGCCCACGCCGGGCUGAGGCCACCGCCGCCCAAGAGCUGGAGCAGCAUCUAAGCCCGCCUCCCCCCCUCCCUCGGCUCUGCGCUCCCGGCUUCUCCUUCUCCUCCGCCGUCUCCUUCUCCAGCGCAUCUCUGAAGCCGGCGGCUCCGCCAUGGCCUGGCUGUGGAAGCGCGGGGGGUGAACGGAGAAGGGGUCUCCAGGAGCCCCGACGCCGGCUUCCCACCCGCCCGCCCCCCGAAAGCGGGGCACGCAGCCAGAGAAAAUGGAGAUCUCGCCGGGCCAGUGGCUCCUUAUCCUCUUCCUGGUGGCCAUCCCGCUUCUGUACGAAUGGAGUGCUACCUUCAAAUAUUUCUGUAAGAUGGCGUUCUACAACAGCUACAUCCUCUUCUUGGCUAUCAUUGCCAUCCCGAUCUGUGCCGUCCGUGGGCGCGACGUGGAGAAUAUGAGGGUAUUACGAUUCAUGUUGCUCCACAUAAAAUACCUCUAUGGGAUCAAGAUUGAAGUGCGGGGGACGGAGAACUUCAACAUCAAGGAGCCCUACGUGGUGGUGUCCAACCACCAGAGCUCCCUUGACUUGCUUGGUUUAAUGGAGGUGUUGCCAUCUCGGUGUGUGCCAAUUGCCAAGAAGGAGCUGAUGUAUAUGGGCACGGUGGGGUUGGCCUGCUGGCUGGGGGGCAUCAUUUUUAUCAACCGCAAGAAAACCAACGAUGCCAUCAGCGUUAUGUCUGAGGCUGCCCAAACUAUGCUGAGCCAAGAUGGUCGAGUCUGGGUGUUUCCCGAGGGUACCAGGAAUCACAAUGGCUCCAUGCUGCCCUUCAAACGGGGCGCCUUCCAUUUGGCGGUGCAAAACCCAGGUUCCUCUCAUCCUGUUGUAAUCUCAUCGUAUCGAGAUUUCUACAGUAAGAAGGAUAGGCGCUUCACCACAGGGCGCUGCAUUGUCCAGAUCUUGUCCUCCGUGCCCACGAAGGGGCUGGAGCCGACCGAUGUGCCGGCUCUGACGGAUCGAGUGCGCCAAGCCAUGUUGGUUGCUUUCGAGGGGCCUUUCCGCGGAUCUGGGUCCCCCCGCAGUGACUUCCGCCACCACUUCCCCCCCAACGUCUGACCCGGGAGCACGGCGGGCUGUGACUGGGAGCAGCUGGCACCCAAAGGCAGACAGAUAACGGGACCAAGACAGAAGAGGGCAGCGCUUGGGAGGGGAGGGAAAAGGAAUCGGAACCGGUUCUGGCAGAGGAGUGAUGGGCACAGCAUCUUGCAGCAAAGAAGGGGGGGUUGAAACGGGUGGGGAGGGGGUUGGACUCAGCCACAUGUGCUAGGAGACCUGGGAGUGGAGUGGAUCCCAAGCCACCCUCGUUGCCCUCUUCACUUCUGGAUCAGAGUUCUGACUCCCCCCAGUAGAUGGUACAGCCCGGUCCCUGCCUCCAUCUCCUCCUUGCUCCCCAUUUUGUUCAUGUGGACUGUUCCAUUCAGUUUCUUGGACUUGGCCGUUUGUGCUUCCCGUUCCGGGAAGUUUUUUUCCAGGCUGAACCACGGAUCCCUGGGAGCCUGCAGAGGGAGCCAUGGACCUGGUGUACCCUGACUUGCUUCAAGGACCAGGGGGAUCUUGGUGACUUCAGACUCAGAGCAAUGCCGUGGGGAUGCCCCAACUGCUUACAGAGCCCCUGUGUGUGAGAACUCUGGACCCACUUCGCCUGUGGAAGGAGGAAGGGCAGAGGGUAGCCAUGCCGGGGGACGAAAUGCUGGCCAUCCAUCAGAACAUGCAAUAGCAGAGAGCCCAGCCAGGCUGCUCAGCCUGAGCUCAGCUCCAAUCAUGGACCAAACUGCUUCCUUCCAGGGAGAGGCCUGCAGAAAGGGGAAAGGAAGGAGAUCUGCCUCCCUCUGACGCUUCCAAAGGGAACCCAAAGGGGUCUCUAGC